ACUGGGUGCAGCUCAUUGGAAAUACGGGGAGGACAAUACUAAGAAUUGCAUGUCUCAACCUAAAACAGCAGGCGGGGCUUAUUGUAAAGUUCUGGUUGAGUCUCUCCCCCACCCCGCCAUGUUCUCUGCUGCAGUAAGCCAGUUAACAAAGUAGACAUUGAAAUGGCAAGUUUUCGACAGGGGACGCUGCUACUUAUAUUUCUCAGCACAAUAAAAGGCGUUUUAAAAAUGAAAUCUGACUUCAGCUUAGGUUUGGAGAGUUUGGUUGCAAGCUUACUAAAUAAUGAAACUAUAUUUCUUUUAAAAACAUAUUUUUCAAUACAGCACUGUAAUGCAUUAAUACAGUAAUGCUCGUAUCAAAAAUAACUAUGGAAAUCGAGUAUGGACGCAAAUAGUUCUCCAGGAACCGGUGGUCCUAUCUGCUUGCCAAAGACCAGCUGUUCCCUCGGAGUGUCUGGCUGGAGCCAUAUGAUCUUAGCAACAUAUUUCAGAGCUGUUUCUAAACACUGACAAAGACUCUUGUGCAGCAAUGACUGUUGUAGAGGAAAAUCGGCCUUUUGCCCAACAAUUAUCCAAUGUCUACUUUACAAUACUUUCGCUUUUCUGCUUUAAACUAUUUGUAAAAAUCAGCCUUGCAAUACUCAGUCAUUUCUAUAUUGUAAAGGGGAAUCGUAAAGAGGCAGCAAGAAUAGCUGCUGAGUUUUAUGGAAUUCCUCAAGGACAAGGCUCUUGGGCAGAUCGCUCACCCCUGCAUGAAGCAGCAAGCCAAGGGCGUCUUCUUUCUCUCAAAACAUUAAUUACACAGGGAUACAAUGUAGAUGCUUUAACCAUUGAUCAAGUGACACCAUUGCACGAGGCAUGCCUUGGAGAUCAUGUAGGAUGUGCUCGGAUACUUCUCGAAGCAGGAGCAAAUGUGAAUGCCACAACUAUUGAUGGGAUAACACCCUUAUUUAAUGCCUGCUCAAGAGGGAGUGCAUCUUGUAUACAACUUUUGUUGGAAUAUGGUGCAAAAAUUCAACAGGAAACGUGUCUUCCUUCACCAACUCAUGAAGCAGCCAGCAGAGGUCACAGUGAUUGUCUAGAAUUGCUGAUUUCUUGGGGCAUAGAAGUUGAUCUACAUGUUCCUCACCUAGGAACGCCUCUAUAUGUGGCCUGCUUUUCACAGCAGAAACAAUGUGUUCACAAACUUCUGCAUUCAGGAGCAAAUGUGCAAAAGGGAAAGUUUUUGGAAACUCCAUUGCAUGCAGCUGCAAGGCUACCUAAUACAGAAAUAGUAAACAUGCUUCUUGAGUUUGGAGCAGACGUAAAUACCAAAAAUUCAGAGUUUGAACGACCAGUAGAUGUCGCUGUUUCAAGCAGUUUGGUGGAAAAAAUACUGCUAUUACAUGAAGUUACUCCAUGUUCUCUUUGCCAGCUGUGCCGACUACAAAUCCGAAAUUAUAUAGGAAAAUCUAGAUUGCACCUUGUACCACAACUUCAGCUGCCAAACAUCUUGAAAAAUUUCUUACAGUAUCGAUAAAAUAGUGAAUUGUAUUUCAGAACUUGAAGAAAUAUUCUACAACAUGCUACAUAUGAAAAAUUAUAUGAUAGGAAACAACCUAAACAAGCUCACCUGCACAUUAAAAUCAUGCCAAACAUAAUUUGGAAUUCCUUGAAAUAGUAUUAAAAUUAAAUAUAACUGUGCCCAUAUUUUACAGAGCUGUACAAAUCCUUUGAAAAAAGUGUUCUGGAAUGCAAGGUAAUAUGUGCGAAGACUCCUUUUUUGAAUGAUUAAAGCAACCAAAUAUUUAAGAAGUUGCUUCCAGCCAUUUCCAUUUAUCAGUGGCUAUAUAUGCACAUGUAUUCAGACAGAGGCAGCAGCAACUUUCUCCACAGCUACCUUAGCAAUUUAAAAAGUUGGGCUUUGUGCACUUCCUGGCAUGUUCCAAAGCAUGUUUUUGGAAGGACUUACACAGCCUAAUAGUUUGAAAAUGUAUUUUUUACAAUAUAGUUCUUAUUGAUUAAUCACUGCAUUUAAAUUUUACUUUUGUCAGUCUAAGAGCCAUGUUGAUCCAAUGGUUAGAAGGCAGUGUUGCAGGCUAUCUCAUUGCUCACUCCAGG